ACUCUCCCCUGCCCUCUUGCCCAUUAAAGAUGAAGCGGCUCUUCGCAGUUUUCAAGGUUUAUAUGGGUAUAUCUGCGGUUUGUGCAGGACAAAAACUAGUCUGGCUAUAAAGGGAUUAGUAAUUUUCCCAAUUUUUUUUCUUUCUUGUUUUGUUUCAGGUGUUUAAAUACAGCUUAUCUUAUUUUUAUUUAAAGAACCUGAAAUCAUCUUCCUGUCUGUUCAUUCUCUUACAACCCCUCCCCUUUCUUUAUAAUAGCUUCUGCUCUCUCUCCCUUUCUCUCAUUGCUUAACUACUAGCGCAAUGGAGUCAUCCAAACUCUUUGGAGGACCAGAAGAGUGUCACAGCAGUGAAUCUGGGUGGACUAUGUAUCUUGGUUCCCCCAUACAUGGCGGCGAUGAUGAUGAUGAAAAUGAUGAUAAACACAGCAACAAGGAUGAUGAUGAUGAAGAUGAGAAUGGAGGUAAUGAUAAAAAUCACUAUAUUGAAGAUGACAGUGAUGAUUCAAUGACUUCUGAUGCUUCUUCUGGUCCAAAUAAUCAAGGAUCAGCUCAUUAUAAGCUCCAGAAACACGUCGAUGAUAACAAGCAUCUCCCUGAGAAGAAACAAGAGAAUCAGCAAAAAGCUGAAAGGGGAAUGAUCAAGAAGUGGGAUUUAUUGCAAGAAGAUCAUCAUAAUAAAAAUGCUCCUGCUCAAAGCAGCUCCAAGGUAAGAAAAAGCAUCAGCUUGAUUGGAAAAAGAAAUUAAAUAGCUCUCUGCAGUAUACUGUUUCUCAGCUGAAAACGUGGUAGAUCAAGAUCAGACGAGAGUUAAAAUAGAUUGCUAGAUUAAUUACGAUUAUGUUCUUAAUCAAGUGCUUGCUAAUUUUUGAUACUGUACGAGACGCAUCAAGAAAUAUAAUGAUGAUCAGAUUUCGAUUUCACGUUUAAAAUUGUAAUAAAUGGUUCUUUUUAUUCUUAAUAAAAUUAUAAUUUUAGC